AUGCUGGAUGCAGUGAUGUGGCUGCUGCUGCUGGUGCUGCUACUGAUGACUCUCACCUUUGCAACUCUGGGUAUUCUCGUUGGGCUUUUUUGCGCCCUGGUCACGACGGCGACCACGCUCUUUGCGUAUGCUAGGACCGACCCGUGGGAACAUUUUGAGAGUUCUUGUGAGCGAUCCCAUCGCCCUCGCCUCCUCGCCCUAAAGAAACACGCACUCGUGGCUGGGGCUCGCGCUCUGGUUCAGCGCCAUGCCCGGUUAGCGGCGCAAAUUGACGGAGCUCGAGACCUCAAGGACUCUGUUCCCCACUCGACAAAGGACCACUCGAUGCAACGGAACCAGCUCAUACAGGAAUCCCACACCGUCUCGGCGCAACUACGGACGAACUGGCAGAAGUCAAGGCACUGUGUGACGAGUACCCGGUGA